AUGGCAAGAUCAUCGAUGUUGAGCAAUGGAUAUUCAGAUUUGAAGAAAGAAGUACUGAUGCGGCCCCAGCGCCAUUUAACACCUGGUUUCCUUCCAAGUGGAGAGUCAGAUGAAGAAGUCAGCAUCAUCCGAAGGACCAAGAGAGCUCGUCUGAGUCGUCCAAAUCCUUUCGCUCCUCAUACCAGGGUUAGGGCACCCAGAGCCAAAAGGGUUCGAGGAGAUGCGGAAAGAGAAGAAGAGGAAAGUGAUCACGACUUCAUUCCUGUUACAAUGGUUAGGGCAUCCAGAGCCAGAAAAAGUCAAGGAUACGCGGGAAGAGAAGAAGAUGAAAGUGAUAGUGACGUAGGUGAAGUAGAUCGCUAUCGUGACAGGAGUGAAGAAGGAGAUCGCUAUCACGACAGGAGUGAAGAAGGAGAUCGCUAUCACGACAGGAGUGAAGAAGAAGAUCGCUAUCGUGACAGGAGUGAAGAAGAAGAUCGCUAUCGUGACGGAAGUGAAGAAGAAGAAAGAGAAGAAGAUAAAAUCGAAGUUGAAGACGAAGAGGAAAAUAAUGAAAGGUCUGAUAAAACUAUCAUAACCCUAACUGACCCAGAUCUGUUUGAAUGCCCAAUUUGCUAUGAACCUUUGACCAUCCCUGUCUUCCAAUGUAAUCAAAAUGGGCAUAUAGCUUGCUCCUCUUGCAUCGGCAAAAUUAAUAACAAAUGUCCCUCCUGCUCCGGGUCCAUUUGCUCUAAUCGUUGCCGUGCAAUUGAGAAGAUCCUUAAAUCAGUUUCAACAAUAUCAUGCCGAAAUGCCAAGCAUGGAUGCAAAGAGUCGGUCACUUAUGACAAAAGAAGUGAACAUCUAAAGACAUGUGUGUACUCGCCUUGUUCAUGUCCCCAUCUAGGCUGUGACUUUGUCGCUUCAUCCAAGCAGAUAUGUCAACACUUCAGGCGUAAACAUUUUGGUUCGGCAAAACGAUUCGAGUACCACUGCAGUUUUCCAGUUACCUUAUCAGCUACUGACAAAUUUGUGGUUUUCCAAGAAAAGAAUGAAGGUGAAUUAUUUGUUCUCAAGAACCAUUGUGUUAAAGAUCUAGGAAAUGCCGUGAUGCUUAGCUGUAUUCAACCCAGCUCCACAGGAGGUUUCUUCUAUGACCUUGUUGUAAAAACUAAGGGAAAUCGCCUAAGAUUACAGGCUUUCACAAAGAGCACUCCAAGAAUUAUAAUUGAUGACAGCCCUCCUAAAACAGGUUUCCACUUAAUCCCAACUGAUUAUAUCAGUUCUUGCGGCCAGCUUAAGAUGGAUCUCUGCAUAUGGCCUGAGGAUGACCACCCUAUAUCCAUCCUUUGAAAGCAUCGGUGUGCUGUUUCUUAAUGUUUUACGAUCCACUUUUUAAUUAACAUUGGAAAAGAUUGUUUGGUACUCGGUAUCAAUUUGAUUAGUGUCUAAUGCAAGGCUUAGCCUUGUUAGUUUUUCAUGUACU